UUUACUUAUACAGGUUCAAGCUGCCGGGUAACUUUUGUAGUAUCCAAUAGCAUAAAGAAUGUAUAUUAUGUUCAUUAUAAGGGUGCCGAGCAGUAGAGGAAACGAGAGGCGGUGUGCUUGACUACAUUCUACAAGGAUCUUAGAGAACAGACUGCAAUACUUGCCAUUGUGGAUGGCUUCCUGUAGUGGAGUCUAGGUGAGCUGAGUCUAGUCACCAAAGCACUGAAGACUUGCCUCACUCGAGAGUCCCCCACCAUCACCCAUGUCAGGUCUGGCCUUUCACUGUCAGGAUGCGGAGGCGAGACUGAUGAGGUGCUGAAGGAAUAAUUCUGAGGGAUGGCUUUAAAGAAUUUCAGCAGGUUUUCUUAGCUAAUCUAGUGAUCAAGUGACCUGCUUGGCUUCCAAUAUGGCCAAGCCUCCAAGGAGUAGUGACCUAGUGACAGUGCUACGUGGCUUGGCACGAGUUGGCUCCGCUGCUGUGGAUGUCAGGUCACAGGAGAUGACCCGUGCAUGGGCCACGUCAUCCAUACGACCUGCUGUCCUGGAAGGGGCCACAAGACUACAGGAAACUUUGACCACUGUGAUUCAGCAGCCCCAGACUGUACAGAGAAAUGCUGCAAAGGGUGCCAGUGAAGCCUUGGCUCGCAUGUCCAUGGUCACUGAGGGCUUGAGGGCAUACAAUAGCAGCAAUGUGCAGCAGCCUGCCACAGAGUUCUCUGAGAAAUUUGAUAGUAUAGAGGAUACUUUACAUGAUCACAGAGUUGAAGAACUGAACAUUGAGGAGCUUUUGAUGCAGGAAGCUUCAAGUGGGCCUGCUCUGGCUUCCCUUGAUCCCACCAUUGAUGAUGGCCUGGGGAGAGUGCAGGAGGAGGCAGGUAAUAUUGUUGACAAAGCAAGAAGCACCAGAGAAGAAGUCACUAAACGAGUUGAGGAGUUUGAACCUCUUCUGAAUAUAGCAAAAGGUGAAGAAAAAGAAAUUACCAAAGAGAAUCUUGAAAUCCUAGAUCGAAAGUUGUCAGAGCUUGAGCUUGGGGGCAUUUCACAUGGACAGUCUUUUGUGGCUGAAGAGGAAGCAGCAGUGGCAGAUUGUAACCAGGAAAAUGUCAGUUCUGAUGGGGCGAAAGAGUCACCAGAACACAGUGGUGUCAGUGCCUCAGCCUCCACUAGUCCACAAGAGCUCACCAUUGAAAGCUUCAUGAUGCAUGAAACUAUGGACAGCUACACUGACCAGUUACUAUCCAAAAGUCAAAGCUAUUUAUAUAAUGAAGUUCAAGCAGCUGCAGAAACUGUUCAGAAAAAUGUUGAUGGAAUGGGAAAUGAAAUUAAUCAAAGAGUGGUGGAAUUUGAACCUCUCCUGGACAUGAAAAAUGUUGAGAAACAGGAAAUUACAGAAGAAGAUCUUCAAGUUAUUGAUGAAAGCUUGUCUGACUUGCAAGAUGUUGCUUUUGGGCACAACCUAAAGAUAUUCAAAGAAAUAGAGAAUCCCAAACCUGUAGAAGAUGUCAUACAUGAUAUUGUUACCAGCCAAACUCCUGACACAGAAAAGGCAACAAAAGCUGAACCUGAAACUCUAGAACAGGACUUGUACAACACUGUGCAAAGGGAGGACUUCAAAGAACAAUGUGACAGCACCCCUGAACUUGCAGACCAUAGUAAGGAUGCUACAAUAGAAUUAGAAAAUUCCAUAUCACAGGUUGCAAAACUUGUCACUGUAGAUGACUCCUACACCUCAACAGUCAGUGACAUGAAAGUUGAUGUCCAAAUGCAGCCUUCUGUUGAUGUGCCUCAAACAGAAAAAAAUAUUAGCUCAGAAACAGUGUCUGAAGGAACUCCAGUUUCUUCAGUUGCACCUCCAAGUUCUGAUUCCACCAUGCCUAGGGGAACUGGUGGGGUUGCUGUUGCUCCUGCUAUAUCUUCCACAGGAGCUGCUGCUACUGCCACUGCUGUUGCUGCUGCAUCCACAGUAGUUACAGCUGCUGCUGCUGCUACUACUGUUGCAUCACCCACAGAAUCUCUAGGUGAAAGUGCUGCUGCUGCUGCUGCUGCUGCUGCUACUGCUGCUGUAUCACCCGCAGUAUCCUCAAGUGUUGCUGCUGCUGUUGCAUCACCCUCAGUAGUUGCAGGUGAAGGUGCUGCUGCUGUAUCACCCACAGUAUCAGCAGGUGCAGGUGCUACUGCUGCUACUGAUGAUGUGAGCAAUGUCACUGUUACAAGACUGGAAUUGAAGCCUGUGUCAGCAAAGCCUAAGCCAAAACUAUUAGGAAAGAAACCCUUGGCCAAAGAAAAGCCCAAGUCAACAUUAGCAGAAAAUGCACAGGCACGAAAGGUUCCUCAUUCCCGCAUCAGUCGCCUGGUGAGUUUUGGUGGCCUGGCAGCAGGGCUGGGGAUGGGCACACUAGCAGAGGUGACACGGCGCUCAUUGGGACUACGGCAGGGCAAGGGUGGCGGCUCUCUGCUCGACUCCUCACCCUUUCUAACAGAAGCUAAUGCCAAAAGAAUUGUUGACACUCUGUGUAAAGUUAGAGGGGCUGCCUUGAAGCUUGGACAGAUGUUGAGUAUCCAGGACAGUGCUCUCAUCAACCCUCAGCUGCAGAAGAUCUUUGAACGAGUCCGUCAGUCUGCAGAUUUCAUGCCCACCUGGCAGCUGGAGGAAACAAUUAUAAGACAGCUGGGGGAUGACUGGCGCUCCAAGGUAGCUACUUUUGAUGAGAAGCCCUUUGCUGCAGCCUCCAUUGGCCAGGUACAUUUAGCCACAUUACAUGAUGGCCGUCCAGUGGCCAUGAAAAUUCAGUAUCCAGGUGUUGCAGAAGGAAUUGAGAGUGACAUCAACAACCUUGUUUCAUCUUUAAAAGUGGCAAACAUUUUCCCUGAAGGACUGUUUGUGGACUCGGUCAUUGAAGUAGCCAAGAGGGAGCUGCGGUGGGAGUGUGACUAUGUACGGGAGGCAGAGUGCACCAGGAGGUUUAAGGAGCUCGUGAAACCAUACCCUGAGCUGUAUGUCCCUGAAGUAAUCCCUGAGUUGUCUACUCCACAGAUCAUCACAACAGAGCUGAUUGCUGGCAUCCCAGUAGAUAAAUGCAUAGAAGUAGACCAGGAAUCCAAAAACUACAUAUGUGAGAAAGUGCUGAGCGUUUGCUUGAUGGAACUCUUUCAGUUUGGCUUCAUGCAGACUGAUCCAAACUGGUCCAAUUUCUUUUAUGAUGCUGAAACAGAACAGCUAGCACUUCUAGAUUUUGGAGCUUGCCGGGACUAUGAUAAAGACUUUGUGGAUAAGUACCUUAACCUUAUCCAUGGAGCAGCAGUCAAGGAUAGAGAUAAGGUUCUGAAAUACUCCCAGGAACUUGGUUUCCUCACUGGUUAUGAAGCAAAGGUAAUGAUAGAUGCUCACAUAGAUGCCAUCAUGAUUUUGGGAGAAGCAUUCCAAGAAGACAAGCCUUUUAACUUUGGGGACCAGAAUACCACAUACAGAAUUCAGCAUUUGGUCCCUGUCAUGAUCUCCCACAGGAUGUGUGCACCACCAGAGGAAAUCUAUUCCCUGCAUCGGAAAAUGUCUGGAGUAUUUCUCCUGUGUGCCAAAUUGAAGGGUGUUGUCAAUUGCUACAGUCUUUUCCAAGAGAUAUUAGUAAACUACAAGUUUGGCGGUACCUGGGAAGAUUUCCGUGCUGGCAAACUAUAAUAUUCAUAGGUAUUUUAUCUUGGUAUUAUAGAUUAUCACAGCCUAUCUUGGGAAUAGGAAUACAGGGGAGGAGGUCCCAUUCUCCUCGCCACUCCCUUUUAGUCAGCUCUCGUGAAAUGCAGGGAAUAUGACAGGAGCAUUCCUCCAACCCAGUUAUAGAGUGUGACUAUACCUCUGAAGGAAGACACAGUGACAUCUUGUCUGCCCUAUCUUUCUUAAGGGGAUUUCAUCUUGGUAUAUAUAUAUAUAUAUAUAUAUAUAUAUAUAUAUAUAUAUAUAUAUAUAUAUAUAUAUAUAUAUAUAUAUAUAUAUAUAUAGUAAAUACUAUUUUUUAGACUAAUAUCUUUACAGCAGUCACUGAGGCAGUGACAAAUUUCUAAUAGGUUGGUAAAAGUUGCUUGCCUAGCUUUCAUUUGCUAAUGGAAAGAAAAUUGUGAUCCACGUUGGUCUGCAAAGUAGACUCUUUCCUUGAACACUUACAUCAGUGGCAAAUAAUCUGUCAUAGCUUUAUCAGUGAAAAUCUCAUGCAAAUUGCAAUGGCUACUUUGCAGCAUACAUGCCACUUUGUGUGUCAAUCCAUCCCUUAGUCUGUCUAUAGGUCUGUGAUGUUCCUUCUAGAGUCUCUCUCUCUCUCUCUCUCUCUCUCUCUCUCUCUCUCUCUCUCUCUCUCUCUCUCUCUCUCUCUCUCUCUCUCU